GAGAGAGGUACUGCUAAGUGCUUACAUAGAACAACACACAACUCACCUUUCCAGUUUUUCCAGGUCGGGAGGCUCGCUCAGAAAGAGGAAUUAUCGGAAUGCAGUGGGCCGGGGGAGAACACCCAUGCCUAUCUGGUUCUGAUGUGCCUUGGCACCGAUACGGUGCCCGUGAACGUUCGUGUUGGUUGAAUUCACUAGGAAGAAGUCGAUUCGUUUAUUAAGGAGUAAGGAACGGUUCAUAGGGCUUGUUUCAAUUCAAACAACAAUACCACAAAUAAUAAUAAUAACAAUACACAAGUACAAAUAAAAAUGGAUAACCAGAGAGAGGAGACAAUGUCAAAGUCAAUUAAAAACAAAGUACCGAAACGCAAGGGAAAGAAUCACAAAUCCGGGAAGCUGGUAAGAAGGAAAUCUCUCAAAUCUAUGGGGAGCUUUAUGACCAGGAUCUUGAAAACUUUAAGCACUUUGGCUCACUUUGCGGACCUGAACCCGGCGGAGGCAGAGGACGAUGACGGCGGGUUUCGGGCUACCAUAGCACCUUGCACCUUAACAACCAACCCGGGACACCUGAAGGAAGAAAGCCAGGGUAAAAAGAGUGUGACGCUAUCUUCCCAGGAGUCGGUCAAAGAAAGACUGUCUUGGUGCUUCGGGGAUAAGAUCCCCGGCGUGCUGGGUUUGAAGAAUCAUGGCAACACCUGCUUUAUGAACGCAAUCGUCCAGUGCCUGAGCAACACUGAUCUGUUUGCUGAAUAUCUCGGCUUGGAACAGUACAAAGUCGACUUAAGCCACAGGCAAGUUGAUGGCAUGUUGAACAACGACGAUGCUUCACAAGUCAAGGGCGAGGUUACGAAACAAUUAGCAUCCUUAAUGAGGGCGCUUUGGACACUCAACUACACCCCGCAACUUUCCGUGGAAUUCAAGAAUACUGUCUCGAAGUACGGCUCCCAGUUCCGUGGGAACUUCCAGCACGACGCACUGGAGUUCCUGCUCUGGUUACUGGAUCAGGUCCACGAAGAUGUCAACUCCUCCCCCAGUAACACCAACACUACCAAACCCAUUGGGAAGACCCAGUCUGGAGAGGAGACUCCUGGAGGGGGGCAGCCCACCACAGAGACCCCCGGGAGUCAGAGCUUCGUGCGGGAGCACUUCCAGGCUCAGUACAGGUCAUCACUGACCUGCCCUCACUGCCUUAAACAGAGCAACACCUUUGAUCCUUUCCUGUGUAUCUCCCUGCCCAUCCCCCUGAGGCAGACCAGGCCCCUGUACAUUACCUUGGUCUUCCACACCAAAGGCCAGCGGUACCUGCGGAUCGGCCUGGCUGUGCCUCUGUUUGGCACGGUGGCUUCUCUCCGAGAGAUGGUAUCAAUGGAGGGAAAGAUCACUCCUGAGCAGGUGAUUCUGGCAGAGGUCUACUCCACCGGGUUCCAGCGCUCGUUCUUCAAUGAUGAGGAGCUAACCAGCAUCGCUGAGAGUGACAACAUCUACGCGUUCCAAGCGCCCCCUGUUGUCAGCAGGGGAGGAUCUGCCCGGGUCUCAGCAGAGAGAACAGCUCAGCACUGUAGACUACCAGGUUACCAUCACAGCCUGCCCUCGUCCCCAUAUUCCUCCGGUCCUGAAGGUCAAAGGUUACCUCCCACAGGCACUUUAUCCUCGGAGUUCCUGAACCACAGCAACUCUGGGAAGGUUCUGCUUCUCAUCUGCAACGCGGCAGGGUCUGGAGAGCAAGUGGUCAGGUUCGGCCCCCCUUUCCUCAUGAGAGAAGACAGAGCGAUCACCUGGGACCAGCUGCAGCAAUGCAUACUCAGCAAAAUGUACUAUCUGAUGAUAAGUGAGGCGCAGCCGCAGAAUGUUGGGGUUCUGUUCCGAAUCCGAGUGGUAGGAGGAUCCAUCACUUGCAGCUACCUCUCCCCCCAGGACAGCCGACCUCUCUACCACCCUGCGGUGGACAGGGCGCUGAGGUUCUGUGGGCCGGGUGGACCCCCACACGUGAAGCUGGUGAUUGAGUGGGAUCACAAGGUCAAAGAGGGUUUGUUUGGGAACAUCCAGGAGGAGGUGGUGCAGGACGCGGAGAGCGUGCGGGCCCAGCAGCAGCAGCAGCACAGCUGCACCCUGGACGAGUGCUUCCAGCUGUACACCAAAGAGGAGCAGCUUGCCCCAGACGAUGCCUGGAAGUGCCCCCACUGUAAGCAGCUGCAGCAAGGCAUGGUGAAGAUGAGCCUGUGGACCCUGCCUGACAUCCUCAUCCUGCACCUGAAGCGCUUCCGGCAGGUCGGGGAGCGGCGCAACAAGCUGUCCUCGCUGGUGCGCUUCCCCCUCGCCGGCCUUGACAUGACGCCUCACAUGGUGAAGAGGAGCCACAGCCCCUGGCCAUCGUGGAAAGCGCCUCAGCAGCAGCAUGACUUCCUGUACGACCUGUAUGCCGUGUGUAACCAUCACGGGGGCAUGCACGGCGGCCACUACACAGCUUACUGCAGGAACUCCGUGGAUGGACAGUGGUACAGCUAUGAUGACAGCAGUGUGGAGCUCAUUUCCGAGGACGAGGUGAGCACCAGAGGAGCCUACAUCCUCUUCUACCAGAAAAGGAACGUCAUUCCACCCUGGUCAGCCAGCAGCUCUGUCAGAGGCUCCACAAGCUCCUCAAUGUCAGAUCACUGGCUGAUUCGCCUGACUGAAGACAGUAUGAGGGGGAGUAUAGUCUCCAAGGCGUCCACGAACUGCGUCUCCCCGCCAGGCUCCCCCGAAUCCCCCGUCUUCCAGGACAAGCCACUCAAGGAGGAGAGAGGAGGUUUUGACACCAGACCCAUUGUUCGUGGCAUCCAGGGAAAGAGCGUCAGCAUGCGGACGCCGACCAAAACCAAGGAGAGCCUCACCAAAGCGCUGCCCCUGCGCUGGUCCUUCGGAGGCAAGGAGCGAGCCAAGCCAGUCCCAGGGGAGCUGGUGGAGUACUUGGAGUCGGGGCGCAGACCCAGGUGCACGAAAGAUUCCAUCAUUCCCCUGAUGACGGUCAGCACUGACAAGAGUGGCGUGCCGGCAGGGGAACCACAGCAGGCGUCUGUCACCCCUUCCAGGAGAGUGAGCAUGGGCUGCAUGGGGAGGACCAAUGAGGAGCCUCCAGAACCCUCAACCAAAGUGCCAGAGGGGCAACAAAGACAGCCACCCGCCAACGAGAAGACCAGCACCUUGCAGAGGAGCGGCAAGCUAAAGGAAGACAGCGUCUUGACCAUGAGAGGGUCAAAAAAGACGACCAGCAAAACAGAAUCUGUCACCAGCUUGUCUCAAGGAAGGCCUGAAGACCUCCAGCCUAACUGGGCCAGAAGGAGCUCCAGAGGGGGGUUCCAGUCCCACAGCCGGGAGAACUCCCUGAGGAGAAGCACAGGUCCGCUGGGGAAAAGCAGGGAUCAGGAGCCACUGUCACUGGAGGAAGGGAGGGGGAGGAAGAGCGAAGACGCGAAGCAGAGCGAGGGGAAGUUCUCCAUCUUUAAAAGCAGCUUCCUAAAGAAGGAAUCCAAAAAGCCCAGGGAACCCGAGACGUACCGGAGCGCUGAAAUGGUAAACGGGUCAUCAAAGUCGUCUUUGUCCAACGGGACACUGAACAGGGCAACGCAGGGCAAGGUCAACGGGGCUCCGGGCAGCAGGUACAAGGAGGAGCUGCCCAACGGCAGGGUCAGUCAGUCAGCCGUGGACAUCAAGCGCUCUCAGAGCUCAUCCAACAUACAGAGCAAGGGGGACCUGGCCUUGAGGAGAACUGCCUCUCUGCACAAGAACGGACUGGCCCCCCAGCAGCCCAGGAGCGUGCACUCUGAAAAGCAUGACUACGCCACCUUGCAGAGAACCAGGUACAGCACCACGUCGCUGGGCAGAAAGAAGUCAGUGCCUGAAUCGAGCUUCUGAACCACGAGACAUGCAAGUGUCAGUAUGAAGCAAUAUAACCUGUGCACAUGCACCUUCAUGCUUUUUAUUAGAGAGAUGCACUGUUUCUUUCCAGAGAUAUCAAGUGGACUGCACUUACUGUGCAUUAGGAACCUUUUCACCCUCUCUCAAAGAAAAGCAUGUGGGUGCUUUACCUAAGAGAGUUCAACGCUGUAGAGCACAUCUGCACUGUUGUAAUAGAUGAGAUAACAGCGAUUGAAUUUACGCUUGCUUCACUGUGUUUUGUGGGUAUUGUUACUCUUUAAAUAUCACAGAUAUGUAUCCAGGGAAAACAUGCUGUUAUUGUGGAGUAAGAUCCUGGGGCUUGAAUGAUGGAGAAGGGAUUUGGAAGUGUCGGUGGAAUGUAAAAGCAAGUGUUAUUGAGCCUCGUUCCAUUCAACAUUUUUCCUGGGGGGAAAAAAAAUUGGGGGAAAUUAUAAAUUCUUUAAAUAAACAGAGCAAAUCAGGAGCAGACGUAGCUACAUGGUUUAAUGCUGCAUAGUAUGAGAACUUAUCAUUUCCACAAAUUAGUUUCUUAUUUCCACUAAUGGAAAAGUAGAGCUUCACAGUGGAAUAGCAUGCAAUUACAAGCUUUCUUGCACAGACAUCGAAGAUUAGGAAAAGUGGCAGAGAAAAUAUGUGUAAAAGCCAAUGAGAAUUCUAUGCAGGUAUGGAAAUAAAGUAGCAAGACUCUGUCUAGCUCUAUGUUGUGUGUAGCAGGGAGCAGCUGAACCCAGAAUUAACCCCUCACCACAGGGACAGAAUGUCUGUGGCAGCUUUAACAAGAGGCCUCCAUCUUUUGAAUCCUUGCAGGGUUUACUGGCUGGUCUGAGCAGGUCAGUGGCCUCUGAAUUCAGCUGACAGCAGACAUAGGUCUUGUUGUAUUUUAUAAAUUCAAUGUAGGUAUAUAAGUAAAUAAUAUUAUUACUGACAGCUUCAAAUAGAUAAAUGUAGGGAUUGUCUGUAUAGAAAGAAAAACGAAUGGUUGGAAAUGUAAUAAAACUAAAACAAAUAACUUUGAAUGCCUUAUAAAUAAAGUAGGACAUGAAGUUUUGGCAGCUGAGCACAAGAGGAGCUGUAAUCAAGGCUUCUAAUUGAUUAUUGGUACUGACAAACUGUUAUAGUGCUGGGGGCUUAUACACAGUAUAGACUGAUUUCUACAGUGCAGUAACAUGUUUACAUUUGCAGUUCAACUGUUAAAAUGUCUUGUUUUAUAUUUGUGAAAAAGCACACAGACAUUCUCUGGAAAGUGGAUUUCUGCAAAAAUUGUGGGGAAAAAAACACACAAACACACUUUAAUAUGCACAGUUUGUUGAACAUAUUUUAAUUAAAAGCAAAAUUUCUUGCCAGCAAACAUUUCACAUUUUCAAACAUGCAUAUGUCAUAUUGUAACCCACACUGCAAUCCUUAUCAUUGUAACAUCUCUGAAACCCCUAGACUCUCCAGCUGAGUGCAAGUUGGUACAAGUGGCUAGUGAUCUAAGAAGUAGCUGACCUAAACAUCACUGCCGUUUAACUCUGCGUUAAUCCUGCUGCUGAUCUAUUGACCUGCUUCUUAACAUCACUAAAUACAAUUUUAAAAUGAGGUCCACAAACAAUCAGGUUUAAAAAUGUUAGGGUGCUAUUAAGAUCCGCCACCAUUUAGAUCAUUAAAAUAGACCUUACGGUCUGCUGUCACUAAAACAGCACAAGGCCCUUCCAGUGCAGAGACACGAGUAGAAACCAUCACUGAAUUAAGCAGCACAGCAUGUAUAUAACACCCGUUUGAUGAAUGAAAAUUUUGCAAGCAGGCACAGUUACAUGUAUUUGUUAUAUUGAAGCAUUACUCAUGCCCACUUCAUCAUUGACUUUGCCAACCUACGGGUUCCCAAGUGGCUUCAAGCAAACAAAGAGGAAUUAGAGGAUUCGGAACACAAAAGAGAUUUUUCACUCUUGUAUAUGCCAGAAACCCUGCAUGGACCGGAGUCGAUUUUCCAGACUUUUCACCUCCGUACAAGGAAAAAGUAGACUCUAAUUUGAUCCGCUGAUCCGCUACAGGUUUUAUUCUGAGCUUAGCUAAAUUGACCUGUACACUGUGGCUUAGGCUCAAAGUAAAACUUGGAAUGGAUUCAAGAGCAAUGCAAUGGGAGUUUUAUUUAUACCACAGUGUACCAGAGCCUCUGCAAAAAAUAUACCACGCUGGGUAGUUUUUCAUCAUUGGGCCCAAUCCACAAAACUAUAGGAACUGUUCGGAAUGGUUUUAUAAACAUUCUCUUAUAACGUUUCUGAAAGUUUCAUGAACUGCAAACUGCAAAAAAAGAUUUAAUAAAUCAAAUUUCCUCAAAACAGUAUUUUUAUGACUAGAUCCCAAUAUUUCUUUAUUUAAUUUCUGUAUGGCUCUGAAUCUGCUUCUUCAGUGCUGUCCAUGCAGGUUUCUCUACAGUGACAUCCAGCAAUGUAACCUGAAGAAACCCUAGCCAGUAAUAAGUGUGGGUAUUCUGAAGGCUGGCUGACUACCUCAGAUCCUAGUCCUGAUUUUAUUAAAUAAGAUUGUUAAAGGUUAUAUAUGGAAAAUGUAAACCCUGCCUAUUGUCAAUUCUGUUUUGGUGGAAACGUUCGGAGAUUGAAAUGCUCCUUUUCACUAAAAUAUAUUGCGAGACGGGAGAAUAUAUAUGGUUAACUUUCAUUCUGCAUACAUUCUCAUUAAAGGGGUUCCUGUCAAAUGAAAAAGUAAGCACAAACUAUCGUAUAUAAUUGGUAUUGCUUGGGUGGGCGUUGUCGUGAAAGAUUCUCCCAUUGAAAACAACAAACAAAAUGUUUCCAGACGCAUACCAGCAAUGAGCUGAUGUCAUGUUUUUCUGGCAUGCGAGCGUGUUCCGUGGUGUUACGCUGUAUUACUGUAGUAAGGAUGACAAGGAUGAAUUCGGUGUGUUUAAGGAAUUAACAUGCCUUUGCUUCCUUUACGUUGUUGUCUUUUCCAUUUCCAGACUGUUUCUGAUUGUACAGAGUCGCUGAAGAAGCCAGUGCCUCUUGUCAUGAGCACAGACAGCAGCAGUAAUAAAGAAGGAGUCUGGAUACAUUUUUCAUAUGUAGAAUGUUAAACUAAUGAUGGCCGUGCAUAGCCACCACACUGCAGAUAGCACCCUUCCCACUUUAUUUAUCCCCUCAUCUUGAAAUCAUUCACCCUGUGUAGCCCAGUUUUAAUUUUAUAUAAAACAUGUAGAUCUGCAUAAUAAUUAUAGUAGCAAUAUCUUUAUAUAGCACCUUUCAUAGUGGACCACCAUCAUAAAGCGCUUUACAGAGUUAGGAUGUGAACUGUGAAUUAUAUGCACUUACAAUAGGACAUUGAUUUAACUUCUCAUCCGCAGGAUAGAGCACAAGGAGGUGAAAUGACUUGCUCAGGGUCACACAGUGAGUCAGUCAGUGGCAGAGAUGGGAUGUGACCUUCUGGAUACAAGUCCCAGACUUUAACCACUGGACUACACUGUCUCCAGUGCAAACAGACUGUCUAGCCAUGGAGUGGCUUUUGUAAAUAAGUAUGAUUGUAAGGUGAAAAGCCUAAAACCGCAUGUCUUACACUCACAACGCAUCCAUGAAAUACUCCCAUUCAUUUCUGUUAAAUGAUUUAGAACAGACUUGGAACACAGACCAGCAGUGGAAGGGCCAAUUUUGGACAGCCCUAAAUUGUAGAAAAUAAAAGUGCUCUCAGUCCUCCCUGUCUCUGCUUCACAUACCUGUUUGUAUGUGGCGAGUACCAAUCACCAAUUCUUUACCAAAACGAGCACCUGUAGAACGAAGAAGUGAAUGAAGGAGUUACAGUGUGAAUAUGUGAGAUAAAGAUGUUUUUAUAUGCAGCCUUUUUUUUGUAAUGUUAAAAAAAAGGUUACCUACUCUGUAAAUAUUUUAAGAUACAUGUGAAAUUAUGAAAUGGUGAAUUAAUCCUGAUUGAGUUCUGUGCUUCCGGCUUAUGUGUACGGCCCAAACUCGAUCGGAGAACUUGACCAAGGUCCUUCUUUUGUGAGCUGUAACGGUUUGCCAUGGAAGUGUCCUAGCACAGGUAUGAAAUUUUAUUGACAGCAAAGGUUUGUACUUGCCUACGGUGUCUGUUUUACAUAAUAUACGGUUUUAUUUUUAAUACUGCAAUUAAACACGUUAUUUAUCACAA